CUGACGCGCGCGCGCUCACAGUAUCUGAGCCUCUUUAGUUUAGUUUCUCUUUUACCGAGCAUCUUGUCGCAGAUCAUUUUCUCCAUCUGAAGGUGAAGGUAGAAAGUGUGUGUGAGCUGAUGUGGAUGUGAAUGGAGCAGCAUGAAUCAGAGUGAGGACAGAGAGGAGGGAGUCCCUCCCUCUAAAACCACUCUGUGUGGGGAACAUGAGAGCCAGACCAAAGCUCAGAGCCCAAAGAAUCAGAGACCAGACUUUGCUAAACCUGGACCUGGACCUGGACCCAGCUGUUUGUCCAUGAAGAGCGACUGGUCAAUGGAUCGUCCUCAUAACUUUAGAAAGUCUGUUGAUGGAAGUUUCAGGAUCCAGCAGCAGAGACCAGACUCUCCUGAACCCAGCUGUCUAUCUUUAAAGAGUGACAACUCAAAGGGCUUGGACGUUAACUUUAAAGGGCGACGUCCAUCAGCUGAUCAGAUAGUGGACCAGGAGAGCUCAGAGGUUCCCAGUGGUCAGUCUGCCCAGCAGCAUCAAACACACCUGGACUCCAUAUUUAUGCUGCUGGAGAAGAACAUCGUCACUUUUGUGAAGAAGGAGCUGAAGAAGAUGCAGAAGGUUCUGAGUCCAGAUUACCCAGAAUGCUUAGAGAGUCAGAGGGAGGAUGAGGAGGUGUUGGACGGUGAGGAUGAAGAGCAGAGGAGGAGCAGAGAGGAGUUUCUGAAGAUCACACUGAACUUCCUGAGGAGAAUGAAGCAGGAGGAGCUGGCUGACUGUCUGCAGAGCAGACACGCUGCUGCAGUUUGUCGACAUAAACUUAAAUCUAACCUGAAGGAGAAGUUCCAGUGUUUGUUUGAAGGGAUCUCUAAAGCAGGAAACCCAACCCUUCUGAAUCAGAUCUACACAGAGCUCUACAUCACAGAGGGAGGGACUGGAGAGGUCAAUGAUGAACAUGAGGUCAGACAGAUUGAAACAGCAUCCAGGAAACCAGACAGACCAGAAACAACCAUCAGACAAGAAGACAUCUUUAAAGCCUCACCUGGAAGAGAUGAACCAAUCAGAACAGUGAUGACAAAGGGAGUGGCUGGCAUUGGGAAAACAGUCUUAACACAGAAGUUCACUCUGGACUGGGCUGAAGACAAAGCCAACCAGGACAUACACUUCACAUUUCCAUUCACUUUCAGAGAGCUGAAUGUGCUGAAAGAGAAAAAGUUGAGCUUGGUGGAACUUGUUCAUCACUUCUUUACUGAAACCAAAGAAGCAGGAAUCUGCAGGUUUGAAGAGUUCCAGGUUGUGUUCAUCUUUGACGGUCUGGAUGAGUGUCGACUUCCUCUGGACUUCCACAACACUGAGAUCCUGACUGAUGUUACAGAGUCCACCUCAGUGGACGUGCUGCUGACAAACCUCAUCAGGGGGAAACUGCUUCCCUCUGCUCGCCUCUGGAUAACCACACGACCUGCAGCAGCCAAUCAGAUCCCUCCUGAGUGUGUUGACAUGGUGACAGAGGUCAGAGGGUUCACCAACCCACAGAAGGAGGAGUACUUCAGGAAGAGGUUCAGAGAUGAGGAUCAGGCCAGCAGGAUCAUCUCCCACAUCAAGACCUCACGAAGCCUCCACAUCAUGUGCCACAUCCCAGUCUUCUGCUGGAUCACUGCUACAGUUCUGGAGGAUGUGUUGAAAACCAGAGAGGGAGGAGAGCUGCCCAAGACCCUGACUGAGAUGUACAUCCACUUCCUGGUGGUUCAGUCCAAACUGAAGAAUGUCAAGUAUGAUGGAGGAUCUGGGACAGAUCCACACUGGAUUCCAAAGAGCAGGAAGAUGAUUGAGUCUCUGGGAAAACUGGCUUUUGAGCAGCUGCAGAAAGGAAACCUGAUCUUCUAUGAAUCAGACCUGACAGAGUGUGGCAUCGAUAUCAGAGCAGCCUCAGUGUACUCAGGAGUGUUCACACAGAUCUUUAAAGAGGAGAGAGGACUGUACCAGGACAAGGUGUUCUGCUUCGUCCAUCUGAGUGUUCAGGAGUUUCUGGCUGCUCUUCAUGUCCAUCUGACCUUCAUCAAGUCUGGAGUCAAUCUGCUGUCAGAAGAACAACCAACCUCCCUGUGGUCUAAACUGUUCAGAAACAAACCUGAACCAACACUUUUCUACCAGAGUGCUGUGGACAAGGCCUUACAGAGUCCAAAUGGACACCUGGACUUGUUCCUCCGCUUCCUCCUGGGCCUUUCACUGCAGACCAAUCAGACUCUCCUACGAGGUCUGCUGACACAGACAGGAAGUGGUUCAGAGACCAAUCAGGAAACAAUUCGGUACAUCAAGAAGAAGAUUGAAGAGACUCCCUCUGCAGAGAAAAGCAUCAACCUGUUCCACUGUCUGAAUGAACUGAAUGAUCGUUCUCUGGUAGAGGAGAUCCAACAGUCCCUGAGAUCAGGACGUCUCUCCACAGAUAAACUGUCUCCUGCUCAAUGGUCAGCUCUGAUCUUCAUCUUACUGUCAUCAGAAAAAGAUCUGGAUGUGUUUGACCUGAAGAAAUACUCUGCUUCAGAGGAGGCUCUUCUGAGGCUGCUGCCAGUGGUCAAAGCCUCUAACAAAGCUCUACUGAGUGACUGUAACCUCUCAGAGAGAAGCUGUGAAGCUCUGUCCUCACUUCUCAGCUCCCAGUCCUCUAGUCUGAGAGAUCUGGACCUGAGUAACAACAACCUGCAGGAUUCAGGAGUGAAGAUGUUGUCUGUUGGACUGGAGAGUCCACACUGUUCACUGGAGACUCUCAGACUGAGCGGCUGUAACCUCUCAGAGAGAAGCUGUGAAGCUCUGUCCUCAGUUCUCAGCUCCCAGUCCUCUAGUCUGAGAGAUCUGGACCUGAGUAACAACAACCUGCAGGAUUCAGGAGUGAAGAUGUUGUCUGUUGGACUGGAGAGUUCCCAAUAUCAGCUGAUCAGGGUGGAGCCUGGUGGAGUCCGAUGGUUGACACCAGGUCUGAAGAAGUAUUCCUGUCGACUCACAAUCGACACAAACACAGUGAACAGAUUCCUCAAACUGUCUGACAACAACAGGAAGGUGACACAUGUGAAGGAGGAUCAGUCAUAUCCUGAUCAUCCAGACAGAUUUGAUCUGUGGCCUCAGCUGCUGUGUAGAACUGGUCUGACUGGUCGCUGUUACUGGGAGGUCAAGUGGAGAGGAGUGGUUUUUAUAUCAGUGAGUUACAGAGGAAUCAGAAGGAAAGGAGACAGUGACUGUUUGUUUGGACUGAACGAUCAGUCCUGGACUCUGAGAUGUUCUGAUGAUGGUUUCUCUGUCUGGCACAAUAAGAGAGAAACAUCUAUCUCCUCCUCCUCUGUCUCUAACAGAGUAGCAGUGUAUGUGAACUGUCCUGCUGGCUCUCUGUCCUUCUACAGAGUCUCCUCUGACUCUCUGAUCCACCUCCACACCUUCAACACCACAUUCACUCAACCUCUGUAUCCUGGGUUUAGAGUCUGGCCUGGUUCCUCAGUGUCUCUGUGUUGAGUGUAGCAGAGAGAGUCUCCUCCUGUUAGAGAUCAGUCCAGUCCAGGAUCACAGCAGCUGAUGUUAUUUAGUACCAACCUGAUCUCUGGCUGGUUUUAACUGCAGAGUGUAAACCCAACAUGUUUUCAUUGAUUGACAGUUUGACUGUAAAAUGAAUCAAAUGAACAGAGUCCAGUUGUUGUUGUUUUCUGACAGUAAAUGACUGGGAGGUUGAAAUCUCUUUCACUUGACGUCCAUCUUGUUUUUCAUCUUUAAAUGAUAGUGUGACGUCCUUAUGUGCUCCAUAUCUGGACUCUACUGUAAAUACAAAGAUACACACUGGUUUGUCGAGUGCAAACAAUACAUGGACCCAGGAAUAAAAACUACACAGAGCAGCUUUAGUUGUGCCAUAAAAGCUACUGUGAUUCAGAUGGAGCUGUUGAGAAAAUUAAAGUGAAGAAAAGAACAAACCCGGAGGAAAACCUUCCCAGUUCCACACUCACCUGUCCUGUUGUCCCGCCUCUGGAGAGCUGGGAUUGGACGGCAGCUCUGACUUCACCUCCAGUGUCGGCUGGCAGCUGUCGAAGCUCCUCUGCUCACUGAGGAGACUGAUGGAUUCGCAGAAUAAAGAGAAACGUGUUCAACAAUGUCAAGAAGGGUUGAGAUCUCAGAACCUCUGUUACCUACACCAACAGACUGAGAUCAAAAUCUCCAUGUAAAACAUUAACACAGAGUUAUAAUUUAUGAUUUUGCUGUGAUAAUUUAUACUACAUACACUUUUUAAGAGUAAAAAAGAGAAAUCUGAUCAUAAGGUUCUUUGUUGAGUUUUCCAGGAAAGAGGAAGGACUCUCUCCAAAAGGCUUUGUAGUGAGCCAACCAGCCUCAGCUCUUUACCAUGUUUGUAACUUCAAUAAAUAUUCAAAGUUAAAGUUG